CGUAUCGCAUCGCUGAAUCUUCACGGCGGCCGCAAAGAUAGAGAGAAACCUCGAUACCGCUUCAUCGCAUCACGCCGAAAUUAACCAGAGCCACGAUGAGCGGGCCAAGUACGCUCGAGGUGGAUAGCGGAGAAUUGUACGAUUCCUCGUCCAUCUUCAGCAGCCAGGCUGAUAGUCGCUACGGCGCCCCCUCAUUACAGAGCUACAGCUACGAAAACGGCCGACGAUACCACACCUUUCGACAAGGGUCGUACAUGAUGCCCAACGACGAGAAGGAACAAGAACGGCUCGAUCUCGCCCACCAUAUCUUCAAACUGGUUCUACGGGGCCGUCUAAGCCGAGUGGUUUUUGAGUGUCAGCCCCGCCAUGUGCUCGACUUUGGCACGGGAACGGGCUCGUGGGCGAUCGAUUUCGCCGACGAGAACCCGGAGGCGCAGGUCGUUGGCAUCGACUUGUCGCUCAUCCAGCCGGGCUGUGCGCCGCCGAAUUGUCGGUUUUAUGUCGACGACGUCGAGUCGGGGUGGACCUAUGAGUCGAAGUUUGACUAUGUGCAUGGUCGUGCCAUGGCUGGGUCCAUCAAGGACUGGGAUUCGUUGCUGGAGCAGGCUUAUGAGAAUCUCAACGACGGUGGCGUGAUUGAGUUGCAGGAGUAUGAAUCCGUAUACAAGUCCGACGACGACACUGUAACCAGAACCCCGGCUAUCAGCCUGUGGCAGCAGAAACUGAAUGAGGCGGCUGAGGCAAUCAAUCAACCAAUGAACCUUGCCCAAACGUUGAAAGAUCGACUCGAAAGAGCCGGAUUUGUCGACGUGCGUGACGAUGCAUACAAGAUCCCCGUCGGCCCAUGGCCCAAAGACCGCCGGCUGAAAGAAAUCGGGUACAUGCUGCUUUUCCACUGUCUGGAGGGCCUCGAUGCGUUCACGCUCGCACCAUUCAGUCGUGUAUUGAGCUGGUCUAAAGAAGACAUCCGGCAGCUCACGGAGCGCGUCAAGAAGGAAUUUCUCACAGGAACCAAUCAUUUAUAUGUGAUUAUUCAUUUUGUGCACGGCCGAAAACCAGCGUCGACGUCAUAGGAAGGGAAGAAAGAAAGAUAUAAAGAAAUCGGUGUAAAAAUUGAAAUUGAAAUUGGUGCUGGUGCUGGUGCUGAUGCUGAUGCUGGUGCUGGUGCAUGUGAUGAGUUAUGAUACCCUUCAAUGUUUCAUGGUAUUUGUUAUGUUCGUGGUUCGUGUUCAUAUUGGUGUUGUUGCUUCUGUUAGCGUAUGGUAGAAUGAAGUAUGGAAUACUGAAGCAUUUAUUUUGGUUGGGAUGAAAAUGGGUGGCUAUCUGACUAUAAGUUUCAAUGUUUAUAAUUAUUUCUCGG